GCUCAGGCCCUGUGCCCCUGAAGACAUGGAGUUUGUGUCUGGAUACCGGGAUGAAUUCCUUGAUUUUGCUGCCCUCCUCUUUGGCUGGUUCCACAAGUUCGUGGCAGAGCGCGGGGCUGUAGGGACCAGCCUUGAGGGUCGCUGGCGGCAGCUGGAGGCUCAGAUCAGAAGGUUGCCCCAGGACCCGGCCCUUUGGGUGCUCCAUGUCUUGCCCAACCGCAGUGUGGGCAUCAGCCUGGGGCAAGGGGCAGAGCCAGGCCCUGGACCAGGCCUGGGGGCUGCCCGGCUGCUGGGAGAUGAGCCCCCACUCCACCUGCGAGACCUAAGUCCCUAUGUCAGCUUUGUCAGCCUGGAGGAAGGGGAGCAAGGAGAGGAGGAGGAGGAGGAGGAAGAAGAAGAGAAUGGAAAGGAGGAGGGUGCUGGCACCAAAAAGGUAGAAACGGACGAGGAUGGGGAGCCGGCCCCUGGCAGCAGGGAGACCCCCCGGGAAGCCACCCCUCCAGGGGAGCCAGAGGAGGCCCAGCAGGAGGCUGGAGGUGGCGAGGAUGGCAAAGAAGACAGGGCAGAAGACGGGCCGGGGCCUGAGAGGAGGACGGGGCGGAGAGGUGAUGCUGCCCCCUUGCACCUUUCCUGUCUCCUACUGGUGACGGAUGAGCAUGGCAUCAUCCUGGGCAUUGACCUGCUGAUGGAAGGAGCACAGGGGAGCACCAGCAGGGGCUCAGGGGCUGAGAACCUGGCUCCUCGAGCCUAUGCUCUCCUCUGCCACAGCAUGGUCUGCCCCAUGGGCUCCGGAGACCCCCGAAAGCCCCGACAGCUUACUGUGGGAGAUGCCCAGCUGCAUUGGGAGCUGGAGAGUCUGGUCCCAAGGCUGGGAGUGAAGUUAUCCAAGACCCCGAUGCGGACAUGGGGUCCCCGGCCAGGCUUCACCUUUGCCUCCCUUCGGGCUCGAACCUGCCAUGUUUGUCACAGGCACAGCUUUGAAGUGAAACUGACACCCUGCCCCCAGUGCGGUGCUGUCUUGUACUGUGGAGAGGCUUGUCUCCGUGCGGACUGGAAGCGAUGCCCUGAUGACGUAAGCCACCGAUUUUGGUGCCCAAGGCUUGCAGCCUUCAUGGAGCGGGCUGGAGAACUGGCAACCCUGCCUUUUACCUACACCGCAGAGGUGACCAGUGAAACCUUUAACAAGGAGGCCUUCCUGGCCUCCCGCGGCCUCACUCGUGGCUACUGGACCCAGCUCAGCAUGCUGAUUCCAGGCCCUGGCGCCCCCAGGCACCCAAGGGGCAGCACACCCUCCCUCAGCCUUCUUCUCCAUGGAGAUCCUUACCAGCCUCUCCAGGGGGAUGGGCCUGCUCUGAUGCCUCCAGUGCCCCCAGAUUCACCCAGGGGCCUCUUUGGCUCGUGGCAGGAUUACUACAUUUGGCGGGGCCUCAGCUUGGACUCCCCCAUGGCCGUGCUCCUCACCUACCCACUGACUGUGUACUACGUCAUCACCCACCUGGUGCCCCAGUCCUUCCCUGAGCUCAAUAUCCAGAACAAACAGUCACUGAAAAUCCACGUGGUGGAGGCCGGGAAGGAGUUUGACCUUGUCAUGGUGUUUUGGGAACUCUUGGUCUUGCUCCCCCAUGUGGCCCUGGAGCUGCAGUUUGUGGGUGAUGGCCUGCCCCCUGAAAGUGACCAGCAGCACUUUACUCUGCAGAGGGAUGGCCCUGAAGUAUCUGUCCGCCCUGGUUCUGGCAUAUCAGCACGGCUCAGCUCUGGGACUAAGGAGAAGGGGGGCCGCAGAGACCUGCAGAUCAAGGUGUCUGCAAGGCCAUACCACCUGCUCCAGGGGCCCAAGCCUGACUUGGUCAUCGGAUUUAACUCUGGCUUUGGACUAAAGGACACUUGGCUGAGCUCGCUGCCCCGGUUACAGUCCCUCCGAGUGCCGGCGUUCUUCACCGAGAGCAGCGAGUAUGGCUGUGUGAUGGACGACCAGACCAUGGCGGUGGCCACAGGAGGGGGGACCAGCCCUCCACAGCCCAACCCUUUCCGCUCCCCCUUUCGCCUCAGAGCGGCAGACAAUUGCAUGCCCUGGUACUGCAACGCUUUCAUCUUCCACUUGGUCUACAAGCCCUCGCACGGAAGCGGGGCCCGCCCGGCGCCCGGGCCGGUGACUCCGGCCCCAACUCCUACAGCCCCUCCCGCCCCCGCCCGUAGGCGCCGAGGAGAAAAGAAACCUGGGCGGGGGUCCCGCCGGCGCAGGUGAGGGCCGAGAGACAGCAGUCUACCGUCUCCCCCUACACGCCUCAGAAAGGAACGCGAAACAGGGGAGGCCGAGGGCGGGGCCAGUUGGCGGAACACGAAAAGCUAAAUAAAAUAACUUGUUUGAAACCA